AGGGCCCGGCUCCGCCCCCACUAGAGAAGCUCUCCGGGGUCGUACUCCAGGAACCCGCCCCCGCGCCUGGCCAGAGGGACACUGGGCUGUGGCAUUUGUCCAGCCGCUCCCUAAGGGGAGAAUAGCCAUGGGGCCUACAGGCUUAGCCUCUGACCCUGGGGACGCUCAGCCCAGGCCUGCCCUAGCGCCAACAGUCAGGGGGCAGCAAAUUUUUAACUAGACACACUGAUCAUUAACAAGGGUAGGAAGGAGUGUAAACUCUGUGUCACGCAGGGGCAGAGACCAGCUGGGCCUCGGGCCUCUCGCAGAGAUGCUGGGCCGUGGAAUCUGGUCCUCUGUGAGGCAGGGGCUGAGCAGGGGCUUGUCCAGGAAAGUGGGGGCCUGGGCCUUGGGAGAGGGGAGGAGGGUGGACAUUGCAGGCAUCUACCCCCCUGUGACCACCCCCUUCACUGCCACGGCAGAGGUGGACUAUGAGAAACUGGAGGAGAAUCUGCACAAAUUGGGUACCUUACCCUUCCGAGGCUUCGUGGUCCAGGGCUCCAAUGGCGAGUUUCCCUUCCUGACCAGCAGCGAGCGGCUGGAGGUGGUGAGCCGAGUCCGCCAGGCCAUGCCCAAGGACAAACUCCUGCUAGCCGGCUCCGGCUGCGAGUCCACUCAAGCCACCGUGGAGAUGACUGUGAGCAUGGCCCAGGUUGGGGCUGAUGUUGCCAUCGUGGUGACCCCUUGCUACUAUCGUGGCCGCAUGAGCAGCGCGGCCCUAAUUCACCACUACACCAAGGUCGCUGACCUCUCCCCCAUUCCUGUGGUGCUCUACAGCGUCCCAGCCAACACGGGGCUGGACCUGCCCGUGGAUGCGGUGGUCACGCUCUCCCAGCACCCAAACAUCGUGGGCAUCAAGGACAGUGGUGGUGACGUGACCAAGAUGGGGCUGCUGGUUCACAAGACCAGGAGGCAGGACUUCCAGGUGUUGGCUGGAUCGGCUGGCUUCCUGCUGGCCAGCUAUGCCGUGGGAGCCGUGGGGGGCGUGUGUGCCCUGGCCAACGUCCUGGGGGCUCAGGUGUGCCAGCUGGAGCGACUGUGCCUCACGGGGCAAUGGGAAGAUGCCCAGAAACUGCAGCACCGCCUCAUUGAGCCGAACACUGCGGUGACCCGGCGCUUUGGGAUCCCCGGCCUGAAGAAGACCAUGGACUGGUUUGGCUACUACGGAGGCCCCUGCCGUGCCCCCUUGCAGGAGCUGAGCCCCACGGAUGAGGAGGCGCUGCAUAUGGACUUCAGCAGUAAUGGCUGGCUCUGAGGGCAGGUGCCUGGCCUGAGCCCAUCUCAGCUUCCUGCCCUGUACCUGCAGCUGAAGAGGCACAUGGGGGUAUGAGAUUUCAAAGCCUGUUUUCCUACUUCAGUCCUCUAGGGAGCCUCUCCCAGGCUCUGCCAUGCACACCCAUUUCCUAUGCUCACAGCCCCAUGACCAUUGGCAUUUGUAGCCUCAACUCUGGCUCUCUAGAGACCUUCCGUCUGGGGAGGAGCGAUUGCUUGUCCCUCUCCUGUGCCUUCCUGUGCCCCGUGACACAUGACCAGGAACCAGCAGGCAAGAGCAGGGGGCAACUGGGGCAAAAGUAAGGUCAUGUAUUUUACAGAUGGGACGGCCGCUUAGACUUGGGGGUGCACACCUAAACCCAGCACAGUGCAGCAGGGAGCCAGGGCUCUUCCUAAGAACCUGACUCCUUCCAGAGGAAACGGGGGGGGGGGGGCAGUUCAGAAACCUAAUCAGAAAAGCGUCUCUGGCCUUGAAAGGCCCCCAAGUUACAUUCCAGACACAGUGCCUUUCCUAAAUCCAUUUUGAUCAUCUCAUAUUCUCAUCUCUACCCUUGAUCUCAACUAUAGAGAGUGUGGAGCUGGCCCAGGGCCUUGCCAGAGUUGGUAAAUAAUGACACCUGGUGGAUAAAUGUUACAUUUUAGACUUCUAGCCAACCUGGUCUGAAACAUUAGGGAAAGAGACUUGGUCUGAGACCUGGCCAUCCUCUUGCCUUACGCACUGUGCUUUCUUUGUUAAAAAUAAUACUUUGUUCUUACAAUAAAGUUGAAUAACUGAAAA